AUGGAAGGAAUAUUGUCGUUAAUGGAUGCGGCGCAACAGGUUAUCGAAGAGUUGGUGCUUCAAAGCAUCAGAUUGCUUGUGAAAAAAAGGUCGUUUGUCCCUUUCACAACAAAAAAGGUAGAGAACCAAAGACAACCGAGAAUCACAACCAACAGCAAAAAACAGUUACAAAUAGUCGUCGUGUUGGGGAGUAUAUAUCAACUACUCGCAACUAACAGAAAAAGCACUGCCAGAGAGAUUUACUACACACACAAAGCCAUCUUUGACUCGCAGAAAAAAACAGACAAUGUCAUCGAAAAUAUCACACUUUUAUUAGGCUCUACUCUACAAGGUCUUCACAUAUCUAAAACACCACGAGGACUUCUUUGUGGUGACGUGGCGCUCGUUACACAGUAUUACAUCAUUGACUUUUCGACGACACAUCAACUUCCAACGGUAAGUGAACCGUUUACCCUCUGCUUUGGCAAAAAGCGAGUUUUUUUACUUAUAAUAGAAAAGGAAGCUUUUUUCGAGAGGGUUGUGCAGUCAAAGGUUCGUGAGAUGUUUCCGUGCCUCAUUUUGUGUAGUCGUGGGUUUCCUGAUAACGCAACUCUAGACUUGGCAAAAGCAAUCAGUUCGCAAAGCGGUGUAAUUCCUUGUUGUUUGGUUGACGGCGACGUUUAUGGAAUUGAAAUAUUUCUGCAGUUUCUUUGUAAUGGGUGGAAAAACCCAACACCACAAAUACCAAAUCUCCGUUGGGCACUCUUGCGACCAAGUGAAUUUAAUGGGGUGUCGAGUCUCACAAAGCGGGAACAAAAAAUAGCAGAGAACAUGCUGAAUUCGUCUGUGGUACAAAACAACGAAGAGAUCAAAAACGAGAUUAACACAAUUGCAUUUAAAAACAGAAAGGCAGAACUUGACGAGUUGGAUGACUCACAUAAAUUCAACUUGGAGAACAUCAUUAUCACGUCGUGUUUGACGCACACGUCAACCUUCAAAAUUUAG